AGUAUGGCAUCGAGGAGAAUGGAGACCAAACCUGUGAUAACCUGUCUGAAAACCCUCCUUAUCAUCUACUCCUUCGUCUUCUGGAUCACUGGGGUGAUCCUGCUGGCCGUUGGAGUCUGGGGCAAACUCACUCUUGGCACCUAUAUCUCCCUCAUUGCCGAGAACUCCACCAAUGCCCCCUACGUGCUCAUCGGAACCGGUACCACUAUUGUCAUUUUUGGCCUGUUUGGAUGCUUUGCCACUUGCCGCGGCAGCCCAUGGAUGCUGAAACUGUAUGCCAUGUUUUUGUCCCUGGUGUUCCUGGCUGAGCUCGUGGCUGGCAUUUCAGGGUUUGUGUUUCGUCAUGAGAUCAAGGACACCUUCCUAAGGACUUACACGGAUGCCAUGCAGAAUUACAAUGGAAAUGACGAACGGAGCCGGGCAGUGGAUCACGUGCAGCGUAGUCUGAGCUGCUGUGGCGUGCAGAACUACACCAACUGGAGCACCAGCCCCUACUUCCUGGAUCAUGGCAUCCCCCCUAGUUGCUGCAUGAACGACACUGACUGUAACCCCCAGGAUCUACACAAUCUGACUGUGGCUGCCACCAAAGUUAACCAGAAGGGUUGUUAUGAUCUGGUGACCAGCUUCAUGGAGACCAACAUGGGAAUCAUCGCUGGAGUGGCUUUUGGAAUUGCAUUCUCCCAGUUGAUUGGCAUGCUGCUGGCCUGCUGUCUGUCCCGGUUCAUCACGGCCAACCAAUAUGAGAUGGUGUAA